AUGUCGCCUUCAACAAAAUCCUCAUCCAUCCUGAUCGUAGGAGCCGGCACUUGGGGCUGCAGUACGGCUCUACACCUCACGCGGCGCGGGUACACGGACGUGACGCUCGUCGACCCGUUCCCCGUACCGUCGCCCAUCUCGGCAGGCAACGACGUCAACAAGAUCGUCGAGCAGGGGCAAUUCUCUGAAGGCGAUGACGAGGCGUGGGUGUCGAAAACCCUGCUCACGAGCGCGACGCAAGGAUGGACCUCGGACCCGGUGUUUUCCCCUUACUACCAUGACACGGGGUACAUCGUGGCGGCGAGCUCCAAGGACGGGCUGAAGCAGCUUUUCGACCGCGAGCGGCCGGACGUCAACAAGGAGUUUGUGCACCUCGACGAUGCCGCGGCGUUUCGCAAGACCAUGCCCGAAGGCGUGCUAACGGGCGACUUUGCGGGCUGGAAAGGCCUGUACAAGUCGACGGGGGCCGGGUGGGUGCACGCGCGCAAGGCGCUCGUGAGCUGCGCCAACGAGGCCAAGAGACUGGGCGCCAGGUUCGUCGUGGCCGACGUCACGGAGCUGCUGGUCGAGGCCGGCGACGUCAGGGGCGUGAGGACAAAGGACGGCCGCGUGAUGCGCGCGGACACGACCGUCUUGUGCGCGGGCGCCAACUGCGACAGUCUCCUCGACUUCAAGGGCCAGCUGAGGUCGACGGCCUGGACGCUUGCGCACAUCCAGAUGACGCCGGACGAGACUCGGCUGUUCAAAAACCUUCCCGUGCUGUUCCACAUUGAAAAGGGCUUCUUUAUGGAACCCGACGAGGACAAGCACCAGUUGAAGAUGUGCGACGAGCACCCCGGCUACUGCAACUGGGACACCAAGGCCGAUGGGACCCGCGUCAGCGUACCGCUGACCGUGAACCAGAUCCCCGCCGACGCUGAGCGCCGCUGCCGCGACUUCCUGCGCGAGACCAUGCCGCAGCUUGCCGACCGGCCGUUUUGCUUCGCCCGCCUGUGCUGGUGCGCCGAUACCCCCAACAGGUCGUUCCUGAUCGACCGUCAUCCCGAGUACAAGAGUCUUGUGCUGGGCUGUGGCGCGUCGGGCCAUGGCUUCAUGCACAUCCCGACCGUGGGUGGAUUCAUCGUCGAUGCCAUCGAGGGCACGCUGGACCCACGUCUGGGCAAGAGUUUCAAGUGGCGGCCAGAGACGGCCGUCAAUAGAAACUGGGAGGACACCCAGGCGAGGUUCGGCGGCCCGAAUGCCAUCAUGGACUUGAGGACCGUAAAGGAGUGGACAAAUAUACCCCCUGAGCAACCCUUGGCGAGGCUGUAG